AUGUUCAAAAACGCCACGCGUCUUAUUUCGACUGGUUUGAAAAGUGUGCAAGGUCCAUCACGUGUAUGUAACUCAUCGUUGAUCAACGGUGACACAUUUUCACGUAUGGUUGAUAGCGUGCGACAGUUUUCCAUCCAAAACACCGUGAACGGCCAAUGUAAACCACUGGUGACCUGUGCUAAUGAGGCACCCUGUACCAGCUCACCACCUAUGGCGAUUAACGGGUUCGGCCGUAUAGGCAAAUGCGUUCUCCGGAUAGCCCUUCACGAAGACAUGAACGUGGUCGCAAUCAACGAGCCGGGUGCCAAAAUAGAGGACAUCGCCCGCUCGUUAAAAUACGACACGGUGCAUGGAACGUUUGGCGGAAACGUUAGCGUAAAGGGUGAUAAUUAUCUGGACAUCGACGGCAAAACCGUGCGGGUAUAUUCUGAAAAGGAACCCGAAAAGAUCAAAUGGAAAGAGUUGCAGGUUGAGUACGUUAUAGACUCGACCGGAAAAUUCACGGAAGUUGAAACAGCCAAGAAACAUUUGGCGGCCGGCGUCAAAAAAGUUAUUAUCAGCGCUCCGAGCAAAGACGCGCCGAUGUUUGUAAGGGGCGUCAACUUCGACAAGUAUAAAAAAGAUAUGACUGUGGUUUCGAACGCAUCAUGUACAACCAAUUGUGCUGCGCCAUUGAUAAACAUCAUCAACCAAAAAUAUGGUGUUGAUUUCUGUCUACUGACGACUGUUCACUCCGUGACUGCCUCCCAGCAUGUCCACGAUGGAGUUAAGCACGGGUCGGCCUUAGGAAACAUGGCAUUCAGCACGACCGGCGCCGCAAAGGCCGUGGGUAUCAUCAUACCGGAGGUUAAAGGAAAAGUGACUGGUGACUCGAUAAGAGUGCCCGUCCUCGACGUUUCACUGCUAAAACUCUAUAUAACAGUUAAGAAACCAGUGAAACUAGAGGAAUUGAUAUGUCCAAAGUUCUGGGAGUGUGAAAUGAUAUCCUAUUUUAAUGAUAAACGUGUCAGCUCCGCUUUCAUUGGCAGUUAUUGUUCGGCAAUAGUUGACUUUCGCCAGUUGUUGGUUAUGGGCGACAAAUUUUUGACGAUCGGGGCCUGGUAUGACAAUGAGAUGGGGUAUUCAAAACGACUAUUGGACCUGUACAAUCACAUGGUCAAAGUGGACAACGCAAAACCGGCGUGA